AUGGGUGUCGAUGAGAAGGCCACCGUUGACCCGGGCUCGUUCCCACCUCCCACCGAGGACGAGAGCGGGUUGGUUCUCAGCGUCGACUGGACCAAGGAGGAGGAGGCACGAGCAAAGAGAAAGCUCGAUCUGAUCAUUAUGCCCCUGCUCACCCUGGGCUUCUUCUGCCUGCAACUCGAUCGUGGAAACAUCUCCAACGCCAUCACCGACAGCUUCUUCGAGGAUGUCGGCAUCACCCAGAAUGAGUUCAACGUCGGUCAGCAGAUGCUGUCUCUCGGCAUCGUGCUCUUCGAAAUCCCAUCCAACAUGAUUCUCUACCGCGUCGGCCCCGGCAAGUGGCUCACCCUGCAACUCUUCCUCUUCGGCACCGUCUCGACCUUCCAAGCUUUCCAGAACAGCUAUGGGUCCUUCAUUGCCACCCGUCUGCUGCUUGGUAUCACCGAGUCUGGUUUCAUUCCCGGCGGUCUCUGGACGCUCUCGACCUGGUACACGCGCGCUGAGACGGCCAAGCGCGUCAUGUUCUUCUACUUUGGUAACCAGUUUGGCCAGGCUUCUUCCAAGCUGUUGGCCUAUGGUAUUCUUCACAUGGGAGGUGUUGGCGGAAAGGCUGGAUGGUUUUGGCUGUUUGCGCUCAUGGGUGGCUUCACCAUUCUCUGCGGCUUCAUUCUUGGUUUCUGCCUCCCCGAUUCGUUCCGCAACCCCUGCCCGGCCUUCCUGCCAGGCAUCAGCUUAUUUACCAAGAGAGAGCUUCACAUUCUUCAGACCCGUGUCCUUCUCGAUGAGCCGGCCAAGGGCAAGAAGAAAAAGUCUAUCAAGAUUGAUGCCUUCAAGAGAGCCUUCUCCAACUGGCGCCUCUGGUCUCACGUCAUCAUCACCCUUUGUAACAACGGUCCUCAGCGCGCUUUUGACACCUACUCUCCCACCAUCAUCUCUGGUUUCGGUUACAAGAAGCUCCAGGCCAACGCCAUGGCUUCCGUCGGUCUCUUUCUGCAGAUUCCCACCUCGUGGGCUUUCUCCUGGGUAUCCGAUCACUAUGAUGUCCGUGGCGAGACCGUCAUUGCUGGCAUGACCUGCCAUCUGUUCGGCUACGUCUUGAACCGCAUCUUCACCGAUCACCCCAGACUCCAGGGAGCCCGUUACUUUGGCGUCGUCUGGACCCAGACUUUUGGCACCUUCAGCCACCCUCUCAACAUUGCCUGGAUGUCGCUCACCUGCGAGGAUUCCGAAGUCCGCGCUCUGGCCAUGGCUAUGGUCAUCAUGGGCGCCAACACUGCCGGUAUUUAUGGUGCGCAAAUCUUCCGCUCCGAGGACUCCCCCUUUUACCGCCGUGGCUUCACCGUGGCCUGCUGCGUCCUCGCCAUCGGCCUCCUCCUUGCCGUCGUUCGUUUUGUCGACGACAAGAUCCACAAGAGGAAGCACAACACUGUCCAGCUCGCCCACGGUGGCGGCGAGACGAGCGAUGACGGCUCCAACGGCGAAAAGGGCAUCUCUGCUCUGGAGCGUGCCGCCGGUGUCACCGUGCCAGUGGAUGAUGAUGUUAAGAGGGCACUGAAGAACUAAAAAGCUGGUUGCUGCAUAAUGAUAUUAUAUACCCAGGUGGAAAGAUAUUGGAGUUGAUUUGUUUAGUUUGUGUUUUUGGUAUAGUCCCGUCUGUUUGAUAGACUUGGAAUACCCAAUGGGCAUUAGGGAUAUUGGAUAAUUUAAAAAAAUUGGAUACUACAAGUCCCAAGUCUACGUUCUAUGUAUCUGUUUGCUUUGGUGAGUCGACAUUUAUUCAAAAUUAAACUUCGUGACAAAGCUGGGUAUACAUAUGUUGCUUUUCUGGAUAGUAGUUUGAUAACGGCCCCGAUAUUAAGCUAC